UCUGUCCCCCCCCUCCUCUCACAGUACGAAGCUAUCCAGGAGUUCUGCACCCGCACCCACGCGUCCUGCCCCCCGGGACCGUCCGGCGAGACUGGCCCCGAUGGAGCGCCAGGGAGGCCCGGCCGAGAUGGGGAGCGGGGCGAGAUAGGGCUGCCCGGCCUAAAGGGAAGCAGGGGGGCCAAGGGUGACCCCGGGCAGCGGGGACCCCCUGGCAUACGGGGCCCCAAGGGAGAGAUCGGCUUACCAGGUGUGCCGGGCCUGGACGGGCGGGACGGGCUGCCGGGAGAGCCUGGGUUGGACGGCAUCCCGGGCCGCAAUGGGCUGGACGGGACGCCGGGCAUGGACGGCCUGUCGGGCUUCAAUGGCUCGCCGGGACGGGACGGAAAGGACGGCAUUGACGGCAUUCCCGGAACCAGGGGCGAAAAAGGUGCUCGCGGUCCUCAAGGCUUACGAGGUAUCGCAGGACCGCGCGGCCGUCGUGGCAAGAAUGGUACUCCAGGUGAGGCCGGCGAGCCCGCGAUCUGUGCCUACAGGGUGAACAACGCGAGUGUGACCGAGCUGCUCAUCGCCCCCGCCAUACCAGGCGCAGACACCACGCGGCGUCGGGAUCGGGCCCCCAUCGUGGUGCGGGAGGGCGACAACCUGAGGCUCCGGUGCCAGGCCACGGGCGAGCCGCUGCCGCAGGUGGAGUGGACGCGGCAGGACGGAGGUGUUAUCCCGAUCGGCCAGUGGCGAGACGGCUCGGUGACAGGGCGCGUGCUCAACCUGACCCACGUGCACCGCGACCACACGGGCACGUACACCUGCGAGGCCUACAACGGCGUGCCGCCCAACGUGAACAAGACUUUCCACGUCGAAGUGCACUUCGACCCGUACAUCCGCGUCAAGAAAUGGAAGGUCGGGGUGCACAACGGUUCGACGGCCAAGCUGGAGUGCGAGGUGGAGGCGUUCCCAGUGGCGGUGACCUACUGGGAAGACGAGCACGGUCUCCUCCUCGAAAACUCCACCAAGUACAGCAUCUACUACCACCAGAACCCCAACUCCGUGUGGAAGUCCGUCAUGAGCAUCCACAUCUUCAACAUCGACCGCUCGGACAUCGGCGACUACCACUGCGUCGCCAAGAACGAGCUCUCCGUCACCCGCGGCCUUGUCAAGCUUUACGAAAUCGACCCCAACCUGCACCACCCGUCCACCGGCUCCGACGACAGCCUCACCUUCGGCCCCGACCCGCCCAGCUUCACCGACCUCUUCGACCUGUGUCCGCCGGUGGCCGAGUGUGACGAGUGCCCCAAGAUGCCGAAGUGUGCGGAGGGUCGCGGCGCGCUCUUCGGCCUCAGCGUGGAGCAGUAUGGCAACUCCACCUACCCGGGCUUCCGCAACAGAUCAUCAGACUGCAUGCUGGCGGCGGUGGGCAAGGCCGUCUACAUCCGCCACACCGAGUCCAUGUACGGGUCGUGGAUGCGUGACCCCCACCCGCACGACCCUCAGCGGGAGCCUCGCUUCUGGACCACCGACCCCGCGGACCCCACCCGCCUCAGCGAGUUCAACGACAAGAACCGCUACAGAAAGGGACAGCCCAACAAGAACUACACGCUGCCCUUCCCUUUUGUGGGCAACUCCCACGUGGUGUACAACGGCUCCUUCUACUACCAAUACAUGGGCCACCAAAGGAUCAUACGCUACGACCUACUGACGGGCGCCACCAUCGACGUUGACGUGCCGGAAGUGGCGACGGCCGGGGAGAACUACCUGUACCGCGUCAGCCGAGACUACAUCGACUUCAACACCGACGACAACGGGCUAUGGGCGAUCUACGGCCUGCCAGAAAACAACAAUACGAUAGUGAUGAAGCUGGAGCCGUGGUCUUUGAAGGUGGAGUACAGCUGGAACAUUCCCCUGAGCCACAAGAAGUUCGGCGAGCUCUUCAUCACGUGCGGGGUGUUGUAUGCCAUCGACAGCGCCACGGAGCGGGACACCAAAAUCAGGUUCGCCUUCGACCUUUACCGCAAGAGGCUGCUGGACGUUGAUCUGAGCUUCACCAACCCCUUCAGAAUGACAACCAUGCUGGGCUACAACUACAACACGAAGGAGAUCUACUCGUGGGACAACGGCAACCAGCUCACCUACCCUGUCAAAGUGAUCGACAUCGGCUACAACACCCCCGACGAGGAGCGCGGCCCGCCGAAGGCACAGCACUUCACGUCAGCAGACCAGGACGUGCACAUCAACCCCCUCUCCUCCAGAUACAGCUAGCACGAGGCCAGACCCGCGCCCCUCCUCACCUGAAGCCCCCGAACUCGACUCAUGACCCGUCUAGACCCAUCACGACCACAACCACAACUAAGACCACGAUCAUCACCCAACGAAGAUCUCCAAGGAUUGCCAAGGACGAGGAGAGAUGUGUAUGUUCAUUUGGUUUUACAGUAAAGGAAGCAGUUUAAGUUCAAAAACAGAUAAAAACAAAAAAAGAAUGCCCACUAAGCACUACUCCUAUACAAGAAACUAGAAAUGAGUGGCCAGAAGAGAGGUCAGUUUCGGGUGGAGAGGUGUCCUGCACUCCCUUGAAGAUAAAGACCUUUAAAUUCACUAUGCACGUCACCGCUGCUUAAAGAGUCUGUUAACGUUUGUAAUUGUUGCCAACCCUCUCACACCAUGGUAUCUAUCAAGUACAUCGUCGCUUAGUUCUGUUGUCUGUUCCGACCAAUCUGAUGAGUAAGCUUCAAAUAAUCCAAGUGUUAUUCGGUAUGACUGGUUAUUGUGACAGAUCAAGCAAUGCACCGACCACUCCCUAACGCGUGGUGUUCAUCUAAUUCUAAGGGGAGGGAAGGUAUGGUCAAACAGGCUGACUAUGAAAAGAAUGCACCUCUUCCCUCACUCUGUCAGGAAAAUGAUACUACGAUGCUAUUUUACCUGAAACAAUCUUGUGGUUCCCAAUAUCAUAUCGCUGUAAGUCGCUCCAGUUAAAAGAACCAACAACAUGAUAAGACACAUCAACGUCACUCGGAUUGCUUGAUGCUAUAAUUUUCUUUCUUCACGUAGACGCCGGCAUCAUAUAAGGAGAAAAAUCGGAGGCACCAGCUUUGGAAACAUCAUUGUGAGCCCAUAGACUGUCCCUGAGAGCGCUAGAAUCCAUCGCGCCGUGGUCUGAGGCAUCAUAUAAAGAGAAAAAAACAGAAGGCACCAGCUCUGAAAAUAUCAUUGUGAGCCUAUAGACUGUCCCUGAUGGCGAUAGGAUCGAUCACGCCGGGUUUAAGGGCACAGUGGUUAUCUGACGUGCUUCCUCGUGACCUUUCAAACACUAACAGCCUGGAGGGAGUAGGGGCGAAAGGAAGAAGGAUUCCUCGCCUAAAUGUGUGUACGGUGUUAACAGAUAGUCUCCACAGCAAGAAGAGGAGGAAGCGGUAAAGACGGAGACUAUAAACGAGAGGAAGAGAUUUUAGAGAAAGUCUGAAGAAAAGAACAAAAUGUAAAUGAAAAGGAAGACGGGAAGGAAGUAGUUGAAAAGACAAAGAUCAGUAAGGAAGAAGAAAUGGAGUAAAAGGAGGUAAAAGAACGUAAAGAAGAGGCUGAGGGGAGAGAAAAGGAGAGGAGAGGAAAGGAGAGGAGAGGAGAGGAAGAAGUGAUUUAGAAGAAAAAUAAGAAAGGAAGUGGAGACAAGACGUUAGGGAAAGCAAUAUCUAUCGCAGACCAUGAAUACGGCCGACACUGGAUAAUCUUCAAUGCUUCCUUUAGAUAAUAGCGACACUAAUGCCUCCCGGGAGUUCACGUCCCACCCUUUCCUUGGUCAGUAUUUGCAAACCGCCCCCCAACGCCAACACGACUCCGUUUAAUUACUGGUUCUGCGAAAAUAUGAAUCAGCGUCCAAACGAGCCAAAAAAAUAAGUCAUUAUGUUAUUAAAAAAAGUUAGUAUAUACAAAAAUUAUCUGACAGUAAUUUGGAGGUAAUCACGAUUUUUUUGUACAUUUAUAAUUAUCUAUUUGGUGCUUCUGUUUAUAGCAUCGCAGACAAAACACGCACAAACAGAGAUAAACAGACAGGUAGAUAGAAAUAGAUAGACAGCUAUAGGUACAGAUUUAUCGCUUGCCAAACUGAUUAAUUAAUUUUUUAGGCGCAAAAGAAACACUGACUGGCUUUCUGGUGUUAUUCUGAUACAACACAGAAAGAAACCGUGACAGAAAAAGAAGACAAGCCGAGGUAGUAAUGGGGUAAGAAUACGAGAAAAAUACAACAAAAUACAGGAAGACAAGGAAGAAAAAAGUUUCCUCACAAAACAAGUUACAGGUUAGGGAAGUAUAGAAGAAAAUGAAAGAAUAAAAGAAGAAUACAGGAAUACAAGGAUGAAAAAAGUAUCCACACUAAACAUCUUACAAAGACUACACGAGCAGUACAAGAACACAAUGAUACAAGGAAGAAAAACAGCCACCACACGAAACAAGUCACAUAAUAUUAGGGAAGAAAAUCACAAUACAAGAACAAUACAAAAAGAAUACAGGAAUACGAGAAAGAAAAACAGUCCCCCACACGAAA